CGCCGGGUGGGCGUGCGCCUCAGGCCGCCAUUUCUCGGCGUCCGCCGAGGAGCCGCCCCCUCCCCGGGCUCGCCCGCGACCCGAGCGCCCGCGCCGCCGGCUCUCCGCGCUUCGGUCGCCAGCCCAGUGAGAAAAAUGCUGAGCUUCUUCCGUAGAACACUUGGGCGUCGGUCAAUGCGUAAACAUGCUGAGAAGGAACGACUCCGAGAAGCUCAACGAGCUGCCACACACAUUCCUGCAGCUGGAGACUCUAAGUCUAUCAUCACAUGUCGGGUUUCUCUUUUGGAUGGUACUGAUGUUAGUGUGGACUUGCCGAAAAAAGCCAAAGGACAAGAGCUCUUUGAUCAGAUAAUGUACCACUUGGACCUUAUUGAAAGUGACUAUUUUGGAUUGAGAUUUAUGGAUUCUGCACAAGUAGCACACUGGUUAGAUGGUACAAAGAGCAUCAAAAAGCAAGUAAAAAUUGGUUCACCCUAUUGUCUGCAUCUUCGAGUUAAAUUUUAUUCUUCAGAACCAAAUAAUCUUCGGGAAGAGCUAACCCGGUAUUUAUUUGUUCUUCAGUUAAAACAAGAUAUUCUCAGUGGAAAAUUAGAGUGUCCCUUUGAUACAGCAGUUCAGUUGGCAGCUUAUAAUCUGCAAGCUGAACUUGGUGACUAUGAUCUUGCUGAGCAUAGUCCUGAACUUGUAUCUGAGUUCAGGUUCGUGCCCAUUCAGACUGAAGAGAUGGAGCUGGCUAUUUUUGAGAAAUGGAAGGAGUACAGAGGUCAAACACCAGCACAAGCUGAAACCAAUUACCUGAAUAAAGCCAAAUGGUUAGAAAUGUAUGGGGUUGAUAUGCAUGUAGUCAAGGCUAGAGAUGGGAAUGACUAUAGCUUGGGACUAACUCCGACAGGAGUCCUUGUUUUUGAAGGAGAGACCAAAAUUGGCUUAUUUUUUUGGCCCAAGAUAACCAGAUUGGAUUUUAAGAAGAAUAAAUUAACUCUGGUGGUUGUAGAAGAUGAUGUUCAGGGAAAAGAGCAGGAGCAUACAUUUGUCUUUAGACUGGAUCACCCAAAAGCAUGCAAACAUUUAUGGAAAUGUGCUGUGGAACAUCAUGCAUUCUUUCGCCUUCGAGGUCCGGUCCAAAAGAGUUCUCAUCGAUCAGGAUUUAUUCGACUAGGAUCACGAUUUAGAUAUAGUGGGAAAACUGAGUAUCAGACCACAAAAACCAAUAAAGCAAGAAGAUCAACAUCCUUCGAAAGAAGACCCAGCAAACGAUACUCUCGAAGAACUCUACAAAUGAAAGCAAGUACAGCAAAACCUGAAGAACUCAGUGUUCACAAUAAUGUUUCAACUCAGAGUAAUGGAUCCCAACAGGCUUGGAGUGUGAGAUCAACUCUGCCUGUGAUUCCUUCUGUUCCCUCUGGUCCUGUGCUGGCAGAGAUAGAGAGUCUUCCAAGGAAUCCUGGAUCAAACCAGUAUGACAGGAAAUGGGUCUCUGCUGCCAGUGACUGCUGUCAACGUGGUGGAAACCAGUGGAACACAAGGGCCUUGUCCCCACCCCAGCCUGCACAUAGAAACUACACUGACUUUGUCCAUGAGCACAAUGUGAAGAAUACAGGAGUCCAUCAUGAUGUUCAUUUUCCCGGCCAUGCAGCCAUGACUGAGAUAUGAGUGUUAAGCCCAUUAGACACUGGGACUCUUUGUCAUGCAAGUUGAUGGUAUACAUUUUCUAUACAUAGAGGAUUGAUCACAUUAGGAGAAUUUGGGAGAAAUUACUUUAUAUUGAGUCACUAGUUGCGUAGUAUUGUUUGUAAUUCUGUGAAAGGGAAAAGAAUGUGAAGAAAGCUGUAUGCCAUCAAUGAUAAUCACACAUGCUUUUGUAUUGAAAGGGUAUGUAUAUAUCAUUGUGAUUUUGGAAAGGUUUUUCAUGAUUUUAACAUGGUAAUACAUCACUCAGAAGAUGUCUCAGGAGAAGGUUUGUGUUUGUGUAAAAGCUAUCUGUUAUCCUCCCACACCAUGCCAUCCAAAUAGAUUGAGGUUAAAAGAAUCAGAUACACUAAUCACACACUGAGAAGGAAGCAUAUCCAGGCACAAUGUAUCAACCUUUGGUGAUACUUUGAUAAAACUGCUUUUCUAUGCAUUUUUAAUACUUCUACAAUGACCCCAUGCCUUAAUUUCAGUUAAGUGCCUAAGAUUCUAUAAUUGUAAUUAAUGUAAUUUUUAGUUAAAAGCACUAUUACUUUUUGACAAACCAGCAUUUUAUUUUACCAAAAGAUCUAG